AUGGCAUCUCGCAGCGUCGCCAAGGUGCUCCCCCGGUUUCUGCUGCCUCGGCUGAGUUGGGGCCUGCCGCUGCCUCCCGGACCGGCGCGAUCUUUGGCAGCGGCGGCCUUGACGAGAGCUCCAUUGAUUGCGCCUUACAAUGGCCGCCCGACGACGACGAGGCCGUGUUUCGUGUCUACUGGCGGCCCCGUGCUCAAUCGAGCCUUCCACGCGACCGCGUCGCCAUUACGCGACCACCAUUUCGACACGCUCAAGUUUGUGCGGAGGUUGCAGAGCGAAGGCUUCACCGAGGAGCAAUCCGCCGCCAUGAUGAAGGUGCUUAACGAUGUCAUUGAGGAAAGCAUCCAAAACUUGACGCGCACCAUGGUCCUCCGCGAAGACGCGGCCAAGGCCACCUACACGCAAAAGGUCGACUUUGCCAAGCUGCGCUCCGAGCUCCUCUCGGCCGACAGCACCGAGUCAAACACGACGCGCAGCGCGCAUGAGCGGUUGACCAACGACAUUGCCAAGCUGAGCAGCCGGCUGCGCGACGAGAUUGGGCGGACGCAGGCCAGCGUGCGGUUGGAUCUGAACCUCGAAAAGGGCCGCAUCCGCGAGGAGGCCGUCGGGCAGGAGCUCAAGAUCAAGGAGACGGAGACGAAGAUUGAGCAGGAGGUGGCGGCGCUGCGCGAGAAGCUGGAGCAGGUCAAGUUCCAGACGCUGCAGUGGCUCAUGGGCGUCUGCACGGGCUUUGCCGCGCUGUUGCUGGGCGCCUGGAGACUGCUCAUGUGA